UAGAACACAUAUCCCAUUAUAAAAAAAAACAAAAAAAAACAUAUCCUAUUAUCCUCCCACAAAAAAAGGAAAAAAAAAUCCAUUAUCCAAAACCCCAACACAUAUCCCCUCUUCACCAGCACCAACAUAUAUCCCGCCAUAAAAAAAAAAACUUCUUUACCAUCGCCAUUAGCCAAACCCGGGUCUCCUUCCCCCACAGGCAGAGACCAAGCUGCCGCACCUGCCAUGUAUGGACUACUGGUUGAGAACUUCAGUGAAUACGUGAAGGCCGAAUAUGGAGAAGAGAAAUGGGAGGAGAUACGGCGACUGGCGAACAUCAACCAGGUCUCCUUCAGCACGCACAAAGUCUACGAGGAGGAUGUCAUACCCCGGCUGGCGAAGGUUGCGGUGACGGUGUUGGGAGUCACCGAAGAAAGCCUAAUGUUCGCCGUGGGAGAAUUCUUCGUGGAAUUCGUGGGUCAGUAUGGGUACGACCGCGUCCUCUCCGUGCUGGGACGCCACGUUCGAGAUUUCCUCAAUGGUCUAGAUAACCUGCACGAGUACCUCAAAGAUGCCUACCCUGAGAUGAAGCCUCCGUCCUUCUUCUGUGAAAACGAGACGAGUAACGGGAUGCUGCUUCACUACCGCUCGAAACGCAAGGGCUACGCGCACUACACCAUGGGACAAAUCAAACAGGUCGCGCGUCGCUUCUACAACACAGACAUGGAAAUCGUCCUCUUAAAAAAGUCCACGGUAACGGACACCUUACACGUGACCUUCCAGCUGACCUUUGACAACAGGGCGUUCGUCAACCAGGUCAACCUCACCCUCGUGCAGGAAGAGCAGUCUUUAUCGCUGAAGGGAAACAUACUCUUCGAGAUUUUUCCCUUCUGUAUAUUGUUUGGGAGUAAGAUGGUGGUACAGUAUAUCGGAAACAGCUUGAUGCAGACGAUACCCGAACUGGUCAACAAGAGACUCACUGACUGGUUCACCCUCAGCCGCCCGCACGUCGACUUCACGUUCAACGAGAUCCUCAAGCGAACCAACAACAUCUUCGAGCUGGUGACGAAGGAGCACGUCUACAGGAACCGAGAGAAGAUGAAUGGGGCGAUCCAGGGCAACAGCAUCCUCACGCAAGAAUACAACAUUAACGAGAGUACCAUUAAGAGGCCUCUACGACUUAAAGGUCAGAUGAUCUACAUGGAGGAAUGGGAAUUGACCUUAUUCCUAGGAACACCUGUCAUGCUCGACCUCGACUCCAUGAUAUACUCGGGACUCUUCAUUAACGACCUCUCCAUGCAUGACUUCUCCAGAGACCGAAUGCUGGCGGGGACGCAGCAGUCGGUGGAGCUCGAGCUGGCCCUCUCCCAGGAGCAGCUCAAGAGCAAGAAGCUGGAGGAGUCGAUGAAGAAGCUGGACGAGGAGAAGAGGCGGACUGACGAGCUCCUUUACCAGAUGAUCCCGAUGCAGGUGGCGCAGCGGCUCAGGAACGGAGAGAAUCCCGUCGACACUUGCGAGACGUUCGAGAGCGUGACAAUUCUCUUCUCCGACGUCGUCAACUUCACCCACAUCUGCAGCCACAUCACUCCGAUGGCGGUGGUCUCCAUGCUCAACGAGAUGUAUUCCAUCUUCGACAACCUCACCGAAAAACAUGGCGUCUAUAAGGUGGAGACCAUCGGCGACGCGUACAUGGUGGUGGCCGGGGCGCCUGAGCGACAGGCCAACCACGGCGAGAUGGUCUGCAACAUGGCGCUGGACAUGGUCGAGGCCAUCACCAAACUCACCGACCCAUCCACAAAAAACCACCUGAGGAUCCGCGUGGGCGUGCACACGGGAACGGUGGUGGCGGGCGUGGUCGGCCUCAAGAUGCCUCGCUACUGCCUCUUCGGCGACGCCGUCAACACGGCAUCCCGCAUGGAGUCCACGAGUGAGGCGAUGAAGGUUCAUAUCUCCCAGACGACGAAGGAUAUCUUGUCUUCCAGAUACCAGGUCGAGGAACGCAAGGAGAUAGCUGUCAAGGGGAAAGGUGACAUGAAGACCUACUGGCUGCUGACGUGCGAGGGUCGCGUCUCCUGCAUGGACUCCGUGACGCUCCCGCAAGCCAUCGAAGCGCAGGCGGACCAGCGGCGGGGAUCGAACGUGUCUCGAAACUACUCACCCAUUCUCCGCGAGGACGUGCUGCGCCACACGCCCACGCCUACUAUCCAGACGCCCGCCCACCCGCCUCCGGAAGUGAUCAAGCCCAGAGCUCGAACCUACAGCAACGCGGGAUUUUCCAACAUCCCCUUGGGCGAGAGCGCGCUCACCUCCGCGUCCACCUGCGACCUCCAGGGCCAGAGACUCCGCUCCCACUCCUGCGACAAACCCUCCUCCGCCCCGUCGAUCCAUUACAGCAACCACGCCUUCAUGUCGCACCAGACUUCCUCGUCGCAGCACACCCUACUGCCGGACGUCCUCAUUGACAACCACCACGCGUGCAGCGACGGCGGGGCCCUCACUCUGUCCGACUCUUCGCCGACGCCCCCGCCCGUCGAGAAAACGCCCCACGUCGAGACCGUGGACAGGGGAACCUCGCCCAUCGUCUCACACGCCUCCUGCUCCGGGUUCAACGCAAAGAACCGAGUCCACAGCCACACAUGCGUGGUUCUCUAACACCGCUGGUAUGGUCCGUUAAGGGGUUUUUGAUACAAAAAAGACAUAAGUGAGGGAUGCUCAUCACAUCUGUGUGGUCGAUCGCCCGAAAUCACUAAGCGUACAAACGGAAAAAGAAUUGAACUCAGGUGUGUUUGUGAGGCUGAGUAAAAAAAUAGGCCCGUGUAACUAUGAGAUAAGGUAUGUCUUAUGAUGAGAAACGCGGCUCCUCAUGAACCAGCCUCACAAUGGGACUAACAGACGCUGAGAUAUCACUGAGGGUGAUUAACCUCUCAUGGGAGAGUCAUCUCACACCACAAGAGAGAGUGAUGAGAUAAUUUGUGUACAAAGACUACAAGAAGAGCCUGGAGAGACACCGACAAGUGACCAUAUAUGCCUGUGUUUCGAGUAUGUAAUAUCUAUUACUAGUAACCAUAAGCUUAGGAGAUUUAAAGACAUGUAAUUCCAGAAAUAUUUACCUCACAAGUCAUAAUCCUAGAAGUUGCUCUCUCUAUAUAGUGUCCACAUAAACGUUAUUUAUUACUCUACGUUUCGAGGAGGGAGGACUAAUAUAUUUUUGGUAAGCUUCGACCGUGUAGCAAAGAAUUAAAUGCCCUUUUUCGUUCAAAUUAUAUAGAAGACAUGUAGAUUUUAGCAAGGAGUAGGGCAGCACCGGAUUUCUAUCGAUCUCUUUGCCAUUCGUAGUCAGGAAAUAAGGAACGUAUGUAUUUUUUCGUCUAUUUUUCAAAAGAAUUAGAAGAAAAAACUGUGAGUGUGCAUCUGAGUGUGAUUCAAUAGAAACAAGUAAGAUUUCUAACAAACUCCGUGCAAUCCUUACGAAUUUGAUAUUUGGCCUCAUGAGGAAAGUUGGUGAUCUGCUCACAGAAUAGAUGUAUCAGAUCAAUUCCCAAUAGCAUGGGUGAGAAAGAAACAAAACCAGAGCGAAAGGAGAGAGAGAGGGAGAGAAAGAGAGAGAGAAGAGAGAGAGAGAGAGAGAGAGAGAGAG